AUGAAUACUGAGAACAAUGGUUACGAUCAAGUUGAAUCCCCGGCAUGUGCCAUGAAAUCCUUUAACCGCCCUUCCCCCUUGGAAGUUAAGUUCGUGUCUUCCCCCUUCUUACAGGAAGACCCCAACGUGAUCGUUCGGUCUCCCGGAGCUGAUUUCACUCCUUCUUCAGUUCUUUUGGAACAUUGUCCCUUAAUUGAGGGAGAUUUCUUUAGUCGUCCUCUUCCGAAUAUUGAGCGCUGGCGUUUUCUCUUUGAGUGCCCUAAGAACACCAUUCGUUCCUACGACCUACCUGAAUUCAAUAAGGUUAACCUGUCAAGCCCCGCUCGUCGCUUCGACACUCAACUGCAUGAUAUCCAGUAUCGUCUCUCUGAUCCUACUCACUCUAUUGACUGA